AUGGAGCAUUUUGCAUCGUACCCAGUCUCUCUGAACGUCUCCUGUACACACGAUCAGGUCAGCUGUUUUCCCGAGGGUGUCAACAGCACCAAUUCGACGGGCCCGAGACCAUACCCUGACUUUUAUAUUGCCAUUCCCAUCAUCUAUUCAGUGAUUUGUGCGGUUGGGUUAACGGGCAACACAGCCGUAAUCUACGUUAUACUCAAAGCCCCAAAAAUGAAAACAGUGACAAACAUAUUCAUCCUGAACCUGGCCAUCGCGGAUGAACUCUUCACUCUAGUUUUACCCAUAAACGUCGCGGACUACCUUCUGCUUCAGUGGCCCUUUGGCGAGUUGAUGUGCAAAUUAAUCAUUUCCAUUGAUCAAUACAACAUCUUUUCCAGCAUUUACUUCUUGACCAUCAUGAGCAUUGACCGCUACCUAGUGGUCCUCGCCACAGCCAAGUCGAAGAAAAUGUCUUAUCGCACCUACAGGGCGGCUAAGAUCAUCAGCAUCUCCGUCUGGCUCCUCGUUACCGUCAUCAUUUCGCCCUUCACGAUUUUCGGUAAGAUCCACGACGACAAGGGCAGGUUACAGUGUGUCUAUGUGUUUCCAUAUCCUGAGGUUCUGUGGUGGAAGGCUAGUAGGAUUUACACUCUCCUGAUGGGAUUUGCCAUUCCAGUAUCCACAAUCUGUAUCCUGUACACAAUGAUGUUGUGCAAACUGAGAAACAUGCGCCUGAACACCAACGCCAAGGCUCUGGAUAAAGCCAAGAGAAAGGUGACGAUAAUGGUGAUGGUUAUCCUAGCAGUUUGCCUGUUCUGCUGGACGCCCUACCAUUUGAGCACGAUUGUGGCGUUAACAACAGAUAUUCAACAGACAACAGUUAUCAUUGGGAUCUCCUAUUUUAUCACCAGCCUAAGCUAUGCCAACAGUUGUCUUAAUCCUUUUCUGUAUGCCUUUUUGGAUGAUAGCUUCAGAAAGAGCUUUCGGAAACUGAUAGAAUGCAGAGCAAGUCCUAAUAUUUAGCGUUGGGUGUAUCUGGCCAUUUACCAAUGUUGCAUGUGAUUCUGCUUUGCCUACUCCAAAAGCUAUGCCCCCAGAUGCCCAUGUGUGCUCUUUAAAAGACUGUUAAUGUACUGAUUAUAUCCUGGGAAAUAGAACAAACUUCCUAGUCAAAUUAAAAAUUACAUUUACACUAUGGGA